CUAUUACAAGAGGAUAGCGAUCCCUCUCAUAGCAUGCGCAAAAAGGAGUUAGCACAAGAGUAUAAGAGUGCCCACAAUAUCCAAAACCUUGUCCAUCCUGCCCAAAGCCCUAAUCUCAAUCCCAUUGAAGCUAUUUGGAGCAUUAUAAAGCAAAGAUUGAGGCGUAGGUUAUUUGAUUCUAAGGAGGAUAUGAAGAUAGGUAUUUAG